ACUCAGUUUCUUCUUAUCUUCCUUUUUUUCGAUUUGACUUUUUAAAAUUAUCAAAGAUUUCUUUUUCUUAACACUGGAAAGAGGAUAUCCAAAGUUUGCUGAUGGCGAAUCCUAAGUUAGGUCGGAUGCCUAGCAUGAGGGAGCGCGUGGAGGACACGCUUUCCGCUCAUCGUAACGAGCUCGUCGCUCUUCUCUCCAGGUACGUGGCUCAGGGAAAAGGAAUAUUGCAACCACAUACGUUGAUCGAUGAACUAGAAAACGUUGUAGGCGACGAGAAAGCUCGAGAGAGGCUUAGUGAUGGUCUCUUUAGCGAAGUCCUUAAAACUGCACAGGAGGCCAUAGUGCUGCCUCCGUAUGUGGCUAUAGCAGUUCGUCCAAGACCUGGUGUUUGGGAAUACGUACGAGUCAAUGUUCACGAACUCAGUGUGGAGCAACUGGGUGUUUCCGAAUACCUUCGCUUCAAAGAAGCACUUGUUGAUGGAGUGGAUAACAACCAUUUUGUGCUUGAACUUGAUUUUGAGCCAUUCAAUGCAUCGUUUCCUCGGCCCAACCGUUCUUCAUCCAUUGGCAAUGGUGUUCAAUUCCUCAACCGUCACCUUUCCUCAAACAUGUUCCGUAACAAAGAUUGUUUGGAGCCCUUAUUGAAUUUCCUCAGAGUUCACAAAUAUAAAGGACAUGGAUUGAUGUUGAAUGAUCGUAUACUAAGUGUACCCAGACUUCAAGCUGCUCUGGCCAAGGCAGAAGAUCGUCUUUCUAAGCUUCCUCCUGAUGCACCAUAUUCCGAGUUUGAAUAUGAGUUAUUUACAGGGAAUGGUUUUGAGAGAGGGUGGGGAGAUACUGCAGCACACGUUCUGGAGAUGAUGCAUCUUCUCUUGGACAUCCUUCAAGCUCCUGAUCCAUCUACAUUGGAGACAUUCCUGGGGAGAGUGCCUAUGGUGUUUAAUGUUGCCAUUCUGUCUCCACAUGGAUACUUCGGGCAAGCAAAUGUUUUAGGUUUGCCCGACACUGGUGGGCAGGUUGUUUAUAUAUUGGACCAAGUGCGGGCCUUAGAGAAUGAAAUGCUUCUAAGGAUAAAGAGGCAAGGACUUGAUGUUACUCCCAGAAUUCUUAUUGUGACCAGGUUAAUACCUGAUGCAAAGGGAACUACUUGCAAUCAAAGGCUGGAAAGAGUCACUGGGACAGAGCAUACUCAUAUUCUGCGUGUUCCUUUUAGGUCAGAACAUGGGGUUCUUCGUAAAUGGAUAUCAAGGUUUGAUGUAUGGCCUUAUCUGGAGACUUAUGCCGAGGAUGUAGCAAGUGAAAUUGCAGCAGAGUUGCAGGGUGUUCCAGAUUUUAUUAUAGGAAACUACAGCGAUGGAAACCUUGUCGCAUCUUUGUUGGCUUACAAAAUGCACUUUUUGCAGUGUACCAUUGCCCAUGCUUUGGAGAAAACAAAAUAUCCAGAUUCAGAUAUAUAUUGGAAAAAGUUUGAUGAGAAAUAUCACUUCUCUUGUCAGUUUACUGCUGAUUUAAUAGCCAUGAAUAAUGCAGAUUUUAUUAUCACCAGCACAUACCAGGAGAUUGCAGGAACGAAGAAUACUGUUGGUCAGUACGAGAGCCACACUGCUUUUACUCUUCCAGGGCUGUAUCGAGUGGUUCAUGGCAUUGAUGUUUUUGACCCAAAGUUCAACAUUGUAUCUCCCGGGGCUGAUAUGUGCAUUUAUUUUCCUUACUCUGAUAAGGAAAAGAGACUUACAGCACUGCAUGGCUCAAUAGAAGAAUUGUUAUUUGAUCCUCAGCAGAAUGAUGAACACAUUGGUAGUUUGAGCGAUCAGUCAAAGCCCUUGAUCUUUUCCAUGGCAAGGCUGGAUCGAGUUAAAAACAUGACUGGAUUGGUAGAGUGCUAUGCCAAGAAUACUAAGCUGAGGGAAUUAGCAAACCUUGUUAUUGUUGCUGGUUACAUUGAUGUAAAGGAUUCCAAAGACAGAGAAGAGAUGGCAGAAAUUGAGAAGAUGCAUGGCCUUAUAAAAGAGUAUAAGUUGGAUGGUCAAUUUCGUUGGAUAGCAGCACAAACAAACCGAGCACGCAAUGGUGAGCUAUAUCGCUACAUAGCCGACUCGAAGGGUAUAUUUGUACAGCCUGCAUUCUAUGAAGCCUUCGGACUUACGGUUGUGGAAGCUAUGACUUGUGGCCUUCCAACGUUUGCCACAUGCCAUGGUGGUCCUGCAGAGAUUAUCGAAAAUGGUAUAUCAGGGUUCCAUAUUGAUCCGUAUCACCCUGACCAGACUUCAGAACUCUUGGCAACUUUCUUUGAACGUUGCAAGGAGGACCCAAGUUACUGGACUAAAAUAUCCGAUGGAGGGCUUAAGAGGAUAUAUGAAAGGUAUACAUGGAAUAUUUAUUCUGAAAGGCUGAUGACAUUGGCCGGGGUAUAUGGUUUCUGGAAGUACGCCUCAAAACUCGAGAGGCGUGAGACCCGAAGAUAUCUUGAAAUGUUCUACAUUCUCAAGUUCCGUGAGUUGGUAAAAUCUGUUCCGUUGGCCAGUGAUGAUUAAAGCAUAAUCCCUGGUUGCUGCGGGGAACUGGUAGUAUAUAUAUAAGGAUGAAUAAGUUUGAGGUUUCCUGGUAUGGAGCUUUUUCAAUUAGAUGUUGGAAGUCCUAAAAUCAUGUGCGAGGGCUGUUGUAAAUAAAUGUACUGCCUAGGCUUGGAUGUUGAUGGUGUGUACGCUUAGCUAACGGUACCUGUAUGAGGCAAUCAUAAGAUCGGAGUCAAUGGCCAACCAGUUGGUAGUUUGAGAAACAGUAAUUCUUAUCCAUUGAAUUACACUGUACUUGCACACUGUUUGGUUACUGCUGGCUGCGUUAUAUGAA